CUCUUCAUACUUGAAAUCUUCAUUGGAGAUAAACGCCGCGAGUGCAUAACUAUAUGAGUAGCAGCAACGAGCAACAGGCCCCAAAAAAUGCAAUGCAGCUGCAGCAGCAGACGACUGCUGGCGGUGGUGGUUUCAUUCUGGUUCAGUGUUAUACGGCCAACCAAACGUUUGAUCCACGUGCUGAUUAUUCGUGGAAAAACUGAAAAAUAUGGGUUGUUCGAUAAGUAAAAAUAAACCCAACGCUGUACCUUAUCCACUGGCAUCACAUACACGAAAAGAAUGGAUUGCAUGGAGGAAUUGCUUUCUAGCGUAUAUGAAUGAGAAAAACAAUAUUCCAGCCCACAAACAAGGGAGUCAAUUUUAUCAAUAUAUUGGCAAUACCGGAAUAGAAAUCUCAAAGAAAUUUUAUUUUCACGACGUUUAUACCGAAACCGACGUAGAUACCAUAUUGUUCAAAUUUGACGUUUACUUUAUUUUUGGAAGUAGAACUAAACAUGCUGACGAAUCUAUCAGCAAUUAUAUAAAAGCUUUAGAGGUUAUAGCACAAAAAACAGCUGAGAAUAAUGUAGAUCGAGUUAUAAAGGAAAAAAUUUUACAAGAUUUGAUUUCUAGAAAUGUUUUCAAUAAGUUUUUGGAGAUGGUUCCAUCAUUUUCUAAUAUUUCUGAUUACGAAUCUCUAUCCCUGCAAGAACUAACUUUUAUUUGGGAAGAAUCGGAAAAACUCAACAAAUCCAGCAUUCACGAUGAUGCGCUUUCGAAAAGCCCAAUCAUCAAUUGCAUUUAUUGUGGUUCUAAUCAUAUGAUAAAUGAAUGUGCAGCUAGUACGAAAGAAUGUUCCAACUGCAUAAAAUCUGGACAUUUUUCAUGGCGAUGCUCAACUGACUUACAUAUUCCAUGUGAAUUGUGUGGACAACAUCACACUAAAAAUAAAGAAAAAUGUCCUGCCAAUAAACACUUAUGCAAUAAUUGUCAUAAAUUAGGACAUUUCUCUUUUAGAUGUCGUUCACGAAGGAACAGUAAAAAAAAAUGUUGAAACUGUAACCAUUAUAUUUACAUUUACAUUUUUAUAAUCGUAAGCUAACUUGUUCACUUUUUUCGUAUCACCAUUGUAGUAUUAUAUAUAUAUUAUAUAUGUAUAAACUAUUAUAAUAUUAUUAUAUUAUUAUGUUAGUUUUACUAUAUUAGUAGACAAAUCUUACGCAGUAAAAAAAAUUAUAUGGCUGAAAGUUCAGCGAAAACAUUCAACGUUAAAUUUUAAAUAUUUCAUAUAGCUUUA